AUGAAUAAACAAACAAUUGAUACUUCAUCUUCAGACCAACAAUAUAAUCAAAUUAUAGUAAAUACAUCUGAAGAUUUAUUAAUCGACAACAGUACAAUCGAUGACUCGGAAAGAGAAACUCAACCUUUAUUAGAUGAAUAUAAAGUAGAACAAUCUUCAUCAGGUUUUAUUGUAUGUUCAAAUUUACCUGCACGUUAUGCCCUUGCUAUGUGGGCUUUCUUUGGUUUCUUUUGUUUAUAUGCAAUGCGAGUUAAUUUAUCUGUAGCUAUUGUUGCUAUGGUAGCACCACAAAGUGCAUUAAAUCAAUCAAUUGAAGCAUGUCCAACAGUCGAAAAAAAUUCAACAAAACCUAUACCAAAAUAUGAAUUUGAUUGGGAUCAGGCUUGCCAAAUCGAAAUUUUGGAAAUCAGGAGAAAUUUAGCAGAGAAAUUUGGUGCGAAAUGGAUAUUUGGUGGAGGAAUAUUUAUAGCUAGUAUUCUAACACUUUUAACACCAGUUGCAGCUCGUAUUCAUUAUAAACUAUUCAUUGCUCUUAGAGUAAUAAUGGGUAUGGCUUCUGGUCCAGUAUUUCCAUCGGCAGCAGCUCUCUGGGGCAAAUGGAUACCAGCAUCUGAACGUAGUACUGUUCCACCGACAUCUCAGAGUGGUAGUGAUAUGGGUAUAGUAUUUACAACGCCACUAAUUAGUAUAAUGACUCAAAAUGGAUUUCUUGGUGGAUGGCCAUCAGGAUUUUAUGUUUUUGGUAUUAUUUCAUGUAUAUGGUUUAUUUGUUGGUGUUUUUUUGGUUUUAAUUCUCCAAAUGAACAUCCACGUAUUUUAAACAAAGAACGUCUUUUUCUUAAUAAACAUAUACCGCCACGUCCACCAAAACACCAAGCUACACCAUGGAAGAAAAUUGCUUGCUGUCCAUCUGUUUAUGCUAUUGCUAUAAUGCAUAUUUGUUGUAAUUUUAUUUAUUAUACAUUAUUAACAUCAUUACCGACUUAUUUUUCUACUAUACUUAAGUUUGAUUUACAACAGAAUGGUUUUAUUUUUGCUUUACCUUAUUUUGUACAAUCUUUAACAACAAUUAUCGUUGGUCGAAUAAUUGAUCGCAGGAUAUGUUCUAUAACAACACUUCGAAAAAUACAAACAAUUAUUGGUGCUAUUGGUACAUGUGGAUUUUUAAUGGCUAUUGGUUAUAUGGGAUGUAAUCAGCUUCGUGCUGUUCUUUGUUGUAUUCUUGCUGUUGGUUUUCUUGGUUUUCAUACAUGUGGUGCACUUAUUUCGCAGCUUGAUGUUGCAUCAAAUUAUGCCGGAACACUUGUUGGUAUUACAAAUUCAUUAGCAACAAUACCUGGUUUUGUUGGUCCAUAUGUUGUUGGAGCUAUUACAAAAGAUAAUCAAACAGUUAAAGCUUGGCGUCUUAUAUUUAAUAUUUCAGCAGGUAUUGGUGCUUUUGGUAGUCUUGUUUAUUGUAUUUUCUUCAAUGAUUUUCGUUAUGUUAACCGUCGUUGGUAUUUAACACGAUGGCAACAAACACAUAAAGUUAAACCAAAUUUUAUUGCUAUUAAUCGAAGUAAUGAGUGUGUUGUUACAUGUGAUGAUGCACCAGAUUAUCGUGGUGCUGUUUAUGUUUUUGAUAAAAUGGGUUAUAUAAAAAAAAUUUAUGAUCAUGAAUCACGUAAUAAACCUCCAAAUGCUGAAGCAAAAUUAAAUGUUCCACAUGGCAUAUUAGUUGAUGAUGAGGGUAAUUGGUUAGCAUUAUGUUAUUCAGAUCCAGAAUCAUGUUGGAUUGAAAGAAGAUAUAAACCACAUCAACAUGAAGAUCAUGAAAUAAUAACAUAUUGGCGAAAUAAAGAAUUAAAAGGUCCUAGUGCAUUAGCUAUUAAACGUGAUCAAACAUUGAUUAUUGGUGAUCGAGAUGAAAAUGCAAUUUGUUUUUUUAAACAAAUCAAACCCAAGUGA